CAUACUCCUCACUCAUUGGAUGAGUUCAAAGAAGACCUGCUAAAGAAACUGCCUAAUGUCACAACCAGCCCAACUCCGAGUGGUUCUUACGGAUCAUGAUGUCCGUAAACUGGCACUACCAUCUGGUAUCCCUGGGACAGUGGAUGAACUUCACUCAGUCAUUCGUGAUACAUUUGGGAUUGCUGGAGACUUCAAUCUGCACUAUAAAGAUGUUGAUUUUGGCAAUGAGUAUUUCUCCCUGUGUUCAACGACUGACAUCAAAGAUAAGGACACAGUCAAGAUUGUGUAUAUCCUGGAGCCCCCUACAGUAACUUUGAACUUAACUGAUGUCACAAACAUAAUUGAUGGUGCCCAGUCUUUUGAUCAGCCUUCGUAUCAGUCUCCUGACGACACCUCUUCAUCCGUGUUAUCUAGUGACACACUGCCUGUCUCAUCAGCUGAGGAUAGCCCAGGCCACCGUUCACAGCGUUGGCCCUCUAAAUUCAUAAUUCCCCGCUUUGCCUCCAAUACAGAGAUUCAACUUCAGUCAGCCAAUGAAAGCUUCACUAAGGAUGGGACUAUCCUCAGUGCUAAAGACCUCAUCUCACUACUCCCAGACAUUCUUGGAAAGCUAGCAGAGGCUAUUUACGAGUACACUGCUUAUCCUUCAAGUCUGCAGAUAUGUCAAGCUGCAGAGGCCCUUGUUCAAAAGCAUCCCUGCCUCAAAGAACCAGGGUCCUUUAAUGGGUGUUAUGGAUGGAUGCAGCACCUGAAAUACAAGAUGAAUAACUUCAGAUCCAAACUUCGAGGUCUCGGCUGUCCUGAACUUGAAGUUAAUUCACUCAAGAGGAAAGCAGGACAUGAGCGGACUCCUGCAAAGAAUGUGAAAAAAACAAAGAAGGCUGAAGUAAAUUACCUACCUCCUCAUGCUCCAGGUGAAACUACUGCAAGUUUGGAAAAAGAGAGAGUGGAGCUUCUAAGUGAAGUGAUGAAAAGGGAUAACUCCAAGGUGGUAGCUGAGAUGAUGUUGAAGACGUUCUCUCUUCGUAGACAGGAAAUAGUUAAUGAAGCCCCUGCCAUCAGUGAGUUCAUGAAGCGAUGGCCCGCUCUUUUUGAUGAAACACAGAUAAAUGACGAAUUCAAGAGGGUGACAACAGUUAGCCUUGAAUCGACAUUUAUGGCCAGUCUUGACCAGUGCACCCCGAAGCUGAUGACCUUAGUCCAGUCAAAGGGAGGAGCUGCAGGACUGAAGAUCAGGCAGAUUAAGGACAGGCUUCUUGAGAACAACACAGUUGAGCGACGGAGAGAAGCUGCCAUUCGCUGCCUUGUGGUAUAUCUUGGAGAGAAGGAGGAGGACCUUUUCAAAAUGUACAGUGACAUGGAGGAGCUUGAGGCAGACCUUGUGAUGCAGGUGAUGAAGAUUGCCAUCAUCAGUGAUGGGUGUGCAACCAUUGUCAUCGAGGGAACCAAAGUCCUGGAAGGGUUUGAUGUGGCCAGAUCCUGUGCUUUGCUGAUGGGCAUAAUAUAUGCUCUGAACCUCAGCUAUCCCAAGCAGUUGAAGUUCACCUUUGAGGUAUUUCAGAAGCUAUUCCUGGAACUUGAUGGACAAAAAGCCAGCUCAAAAGUAAUGAGUCUCAAGUACAGUAUUUUCUGACUGUGCUCUAAAACCCCAGCACUCUCAACGAGUUGGAAGUUUUGACUGAUUUGUCUGAGGUCUUCUGUACAUUAUGGACAGUGUUAUCCGAUAAUAUUGGUGUUACCAUUACCGUUAUCAAAGGUUGAGGUUUUAUCUGGUUAUGAUAUGGAUAUGUUGCACUUAGGAAUUGGCUUUAAAUGCUGUCUUGUAUAAUCAUAAGCAUACUCCAUUCAUUUAAAAUUCCAGGCUGUUCUGAGCAAUAUCCAAUUGUCUGAGUAGAAAUCAUCACUUAGUGCUCUUAGUAGUUUUUUGAAACUCUAGUGUGCAAUAUUUUAUUUGUGCACAAAUUACUGCAGUUCUUUGGAGAAAUUUGAGAGUUAAUAUUUCAUUGUCUUUGUAAUAUUUAGAGCUGCCUUCUCCUAGUCCACUAAGCUGUUGGUAAAGUUAUAGCCAACUAGGAGUGUACACAUUUUGUAUGACUGUUUUAUAGUGAAUCAGCUGUUAAUCAUCCAGUCCUGUAAUGAUUCAUGUUCUGUUAACAUACUUG